CUCGCACGCACGCACGCACGCACGUCAUGCCGUCCGCACGUGACACGCCGCCAGUCGGGCAGUCGGAGCAUUCGGCGAGCGCGGGUCCGUGCCGGGAACUUUUCUGCCAUCAUCGGCACCACGCAGCAGCAGGGCAAUUGAAGCUCUCGCGACCACGACCAGGACCACGACCGCCGGCCGUCCGCCCACCCGCGCCGCCGCCUCCUCCUAGCUCCAGCUUUCUCCUCCGCCAUUGGCUUAGGCAGCCGCUCCUGCCGUUUCUCGCGCCUUCUCCUCCGACUACGACUACGAGGCCGACUACGUCGACGCCGACGACAACAAACAGUCGACGACAAUGGCGGCACGUCUUGCGUUCCGCCCGCGGGCCGCGGGGUACCAGCAGCUGCGGCCAUCGCAGCAAUUGCUCUCGCAGCAGCUCCUGCCGUCGCAGCAGUCGCGCACCUUCGCCGCGACCCGUGCCGCGGCCGCAGACAUAGACCCGACGGCGCGCGCUAUGGAGCAGAUGCAGAAGCGGCCGUCGACGCCGAGUUUUCGCACGCAGCAGAAGGGCCAGAUGAUGUCGGUGCCGAAUGAUAUGGGGUUGUUGCCUGGAACGUUUGUGAGGCCGACGGGCGCGAAUCUUCCCGGGUUGUUCGAUGCGAAGGCGAGGUUUGCGGUCGAGAAGGCGUGGGUGAAGAGCAAGUUCCAGAAUACGCUGAGUCUUGUCGUGUGGAAGUUCUUCUCGCGGUCCGGGAAGCCUAGGCCGCAGCUCUCGAGGCGACAAGUCCCGGCCCUGGGCUCGGGGCUGCUCAAGGAGAUGUACAGCGCAUUUGCGGAAGGCGACGUGCACACGCUCUCCCGCAUCUGUACCGACGGCCUCCUCGACUCGUUCAGCAAGCGCAUCGCCGCGCGCUCCCCCAACGAGCGCAUAACAUGGACGCUGCACGGCACGCCCAAGGUGCGGAUUGUGUCGGACUGCGCGGUCAAAGUGCCGGUGCCGGGGGUGCCAAAGGACAAGCCGUGCGGGCUGCGCCAGGUGGUAGUGCGCAUCAAGUCGCGGCAGAGCCUGGUGCGGGCGUACGCGCGCAAGGACCGCACCGGCAAGGAAACGCUGGUGGAUCGGGCGGGCAAGCCCAUGCCCGUGGAUGACAAGGGCGAGGUUAGCGCCGAGGUCAGGGAGCUCGAGGCCAAGAACUUGAAGGAGUACGUGGUGCUGCAGCGGCGGAUGUGGAUGGCCAAGGAGGAGCCGUGGCGCGUGUGGGGGCUGGUGAACGAGACGAGCAUCGAUAAGAUCGAGGCGCAGUGAAGGUCCUUACGGUAAUUGCUUCCGUAUCAAACAAAAAAGCCACUGUACAGUAGACGGGGAUACAU